AUGAAUCCUUCGCUAUGGCUGAGUCCAAGAUUGUCCCCCCUCCUCCUCCUCUCUUUCUCCUCCUUCUUCUUCUCCUCCUCCCCUCCUCCUUCUCCCCUCUUUUUCCUCCUCCUCCUUAUUCUUCUACUUCUCCUCCUCCCCCUCCUCCCCUUAUUCUUCUUCUUCCCUCCUCCUCCUCCCUUCUUCUUCUUCUUCUUCUUCUUCUGCCUUUUCAUCCCCCAAAUCUCUCCUCAUACUUGCCUUUCGCUGCUAUCUUCUUCUUCUUCUUCUUCUUCUUCUUCUUCUGCUGCUGCUGCUGCUGCUGCUGCUUCUUCUUCAUUUUCUUUUUCUUCCUUUUCUUCUUCUACGCCUUUCCUUUUCUUCAUGUUGUUUCUUCUUCUUUUUUGUCCUUUUCUUCCUCCUCUUCUUCAUUUUCUCCUUUUUCCACUUUGUCGCCUUCUUCUUCUUCUUCUUCUUCUUCUUCUUCUUCUUCUUCAUUCUCUCCUUUUUUCCUCUUCGUCACCUUCGGCUUCUUCAUAUUCUCUUUUUUCCUCUUCGUCGCCUUCUUCGUCGUCUUCUUCGUCGUCUUCAUCGUCGCCUUCUUCGUCUUCUUCUUCUUGUGCGGCAUGUUUCUUCAGGACGUGGGCAAUCAUGUUCUGA